AUGGCAGAGGGGGAAAUUGAUUCCAAUUACGUGGAUGUCGACACCUUCGACAAGAUGGAACUGAAGGAUGAGCUUCUCCGAGGCAUCUACGCGUACGGUUUUGAGAAACCUUCGGCUAUUCAGCAGCGCGCCAUUUUGCCCUGCAUUUCUGGCAAGGACGUCAUCGCCCAAGCGCAGUCUGGUACCGGCAAAACCGCCACCUUCGUAAUCUCGAUUCUCCAGCGCAUUGAUACCACCAUCAACGAAUGCCAAGCCCUCAUCCUCGCACCCACUCGCGAGCUGGCUCAGCAGAUCCAAAAAGUCGUCUUUGCUCUCGGCGAUCAUCUGCACGUCAAGUGCCAUGCUUGCAUUGGCGGCACCAAUGUCGUCAACGACAUCAACACUCUCGAGAACGGUACCCACAUUCUUGUGGGCACCCCUGGCCGCGUCAUCGACAUGGUCCAGCGUGGCUACUUGAAGACCAAGACGAUCAAGAUCUUCGUCCUCGAUGAGGCUGACGAGAUGUUGUCUCGCGGGUUCAAGGAGCAAAUCUACGAUGUUUUCCAGGCUCUGGACUACGAGGUUCAGGUCAUCCUGCUCUCUGCGACCAUGCCUCAGGACGUGUUUGAGGUGACGACCAAGUUUAUGCGCGAACCAAUCAAGAUCUUAGUGAAGAAGGAGGAACUCACCCUGGAAGGUAUUAAGCAGUUCUUCGUCAACGUGAUCCACGAGAAGGACAAGCUUACCACUCUGAUCGAUCUGUACAACUGCCUCACCAUCACCCAGGCAGUCAUCUUUUGCAAUACCCGUAAGAGGGUGCAGUGGCUCUCUGAUCAACUCAAGGCCAACGACUUUACCGUUUCUUCGAUGCAUGGUGACAUGGAUCAAAAGACUCGCGAGAAGAUUAUGCAAGAAUUCCGAAGCGGCUCUAGCCGUGUCCUAAUCACCACUGAUCUUCUGGCUCGAGGCAUUGACGUGCAGCAAGUUUCGCUCGUCAUCAACUUCGACUUGCCCAUCAAUUACGAGAACUACAUUCACAGAAUCGGUCGAAGUGGUCGUUUCGGCCGCAAGGGAAAUGCCAUCAACUUUGUCACCAACGACGACAUCAGUCAUCUCAAAGGCAUUGAGGACUUCUACAACACCACCAUUCGAGAACUCCUCGAUUACGACCACAUGUAA